UACUGUCAAGGGAAAUUAGCCCUGACUAAACAUUGCCGCUGGCUCAUAAAUGCACUGGGCUUGGGGCAGUAUAAAAACUCAGAGAAAUCAGUGUGUAGGAGAGACACAAAUCAGUGUCACUCAGUGACAGAAGCAACAAUAAUUGUGAAAAAUACUUCAGCAGUUAUGGACUCAUCUGUCAUUCAAAGGAAAAAAGUAGCUGUCAUUGGUGGUGGCUUGGUUGGCUCAUUACAAGCAUGCUUUCUUGCAAAGAGGAAUUUCCAGAUUGAUGUAUAUGAAGCUAGGGAAGAUACUCGAGUGGCUAACUUCACACGUGGAAGAAGCAUUAACUUAGCCCUUUCUCAUAGAGGACGACAAGCCUUGAAAGCUGUUGACCUGGAAGAUCAGAUUGUAUCCCAAGGUAUUCCCAUGAGAGCAAGAAUGAUCCACUCUCUUUCAGGAAAAAAGUCUGCAAUUCCCUAUGGGACAAAGUCUCAGUAUAUUCUUUCUGUAAGCAGAGAAAAUCUAAACAAGGAUCUAUUGACUGCUGCUGAGAAAUACCCCAAUGUGAAAAUGCACUUUAACCACAGGCUGUUGAAAUGUAACCCAGAGGAAGGAAUGAUCACAGUGCUUGGAUCUGACAAAGUUCCCAAAGAUGUCACUUGUGACCUCAUUGUAGGAUGUGAUGGAGCCUAUUCAACUGUCAGAUCUCACCUGAUGAAGAAACCUCGUUUUGAUUACAGUCAGCAGUACAUUCCUCAUGGGUACAUGGAGUUGACUAUUCCACCUAAGAACGGAGAUUAUGCCAUGGAACCUAAUUAUCUGCAUAUUUGGCCUAGAAAUACCUUUAUGAUGAUUGCACUUCCUAACAUGAACAAAUCAUUCACAUGUACUUUGUUCAUGCCCUUUGAAGAGUUUGAAAAACUUCUAACCAGUAAUGAUGUGGUAGAUUUCUUCCAGAAAUACUUUCCAGAUGCCAUCCCUCUAAUUGGAGAGAAACGCCUAGUGCAAGAUUUCUUCCUGUUGCCUGCCCAGCCCAUGAUAUCUGUAAAGUGCUCUUCAUUUCACUUUAAAUCUCACUGUGUACUACUGGGAGAUGCAGCUCAUGCUAUAGUGCCAUUUUUUGGGCAAGGAAUGAAUGCGGGCUUUGAAGACUGCUUGGUAUUUGAUGAGUUAAUGGAUAAAUUCAAUAAUGACCUUAGUUUGUGUCUUCCUGCGUUCUCAAGAUUGAGAGUCCCAGAUGAUCACGCGAUUUCAGACCUAUCCAUGUACAAUUACAUAGAGAUGCGAGCACAUGUCAACUCAAGCUGGUUCAUUUUUCAGAAGAACAUGGAGAGAUUUCUUCAUGCUAUUAUGCCAUCGACCUUUAUCCCUCUCUAUACAAUGGUCACUUUUUCCAGAAUAAGAUACCAUGAGGCUGUGCAGCGUUGGCAUUGGCAAAAAAAGGUAAUAAACAAAGGACUCUUUUUCUUGGGAUCACUGAUAGCCAUCAGCAGUACCUACCUACUUAUGCACUACAUGUCACCACGACCUUUCCUCUGCUUGAGAAGACCAUGGAACUGGAUAGCUCACUUCCGGAAUACAACAUGUUUCCCCGCGAAGGCCAUGGACUCCCUAGAACAAAUUUCCAGUCUCAUUAGCAGGUGAUAGAAAGGUUUUGUGGUAGCAAAUGCAUGAUUUCUCCAUGACCAAAAUUAAGCAUGAAAAAAAUGUUUCCAUUGCCAUAUUUGAUUCACUAGUGGAAGACAGUGGUCUGCUUAUAAUUAAACUGAAUGUAGAAUAUCUCUGUAUGUUAACUGCAAUUACUGGUGGGGGGGACAUUUUAAAAGUUGAAACGUGCAGCUUCCCUACAUUAUACACACUCAGGUUGAGUCAUUCUAACUAUAAAAGUGCAAUGACUAAGAUCUUUCACUUCUCAGAAAGUAAGGCCCAAGAUGCCCCAGGGAAGACAGUAAUCAUGCCUUUUCUUUAAAAGACACAGUAGGACUCACAACAGCAUUGACUCAACACCUGGGACUAAAAAUCACAACUUACCUAGCAUGUUAACUGCACUUUUCAUUACCUGAAUGGAACUUACCUAAUCACAGGGCUCAGACUUACUAGAUAAAACCAGAAAUGUAAAUAAGGAAUUCAAGGGAGUUCCAGAGACUUACAAAAUGAACUCAUUUUAUUUUCCCAUCUUCAAAUACAAGUAUCACCAUCUAUCUGUUUAGUAUGUAUGUAUGUAUGUAUCUAUCUAUCUAUCUAUCAUCUAUCUAUGUCUAUUUAUUUAUGUAUUUAGAGAUCAGGUCUCACUCUGUUGUCCAGGCUGGAGUGCAGUGGUGAGAUCUUGGUUCACUGCAACCUCUGCCUCCUGGGCUCAAGCAGUCCUCCCACUUCAGCCUCCCAAAUAGCUGGGGCUACCAUGCCCAGCUAAAUUUUUGGUAUUUUUCAGUAGAGACCAGGUCUUGCCAUGCUGCCCAGGCCAGUCUCAAACUCCUGGCCUCAUGUGAUCUGCCCACCUCAGCCUCCCAAAGCACAGGGAUUAGAGUUGUGAGCCACUGCUGCCAGCCCAAAGUUACCCUCUAAAGAUAAGAACAAGGCUAUUAAUAUACUAAGUGAAGGACAGGAAAGGGUUUUAUUCAUAAAUUAAAUGUCUACAUAUGCAAGAGUGGAAAGGAAACAAGGGGAGACAACUUUUAUAGAAAUACAAAGCCAUUAUUUUAUUCAAUUUCACACCCUCAGAAGUGAUUUACUAAUUUAUUUCUCGACUACAUACUGCAGCAGAACCAGCAAUACACUUGAUUUUUAAAAGCACAUUUAGUGAAAAUGUUUUCUUUGGUUCAUCCUUCUUUAACAGACUGCUGAGUCACUGAAAAGUCCUUCAAACAUGAUUAAUUAUGAAGAUGAAACACUAGAGUCAUAAGAAAUAAAAAUUGGGCAAUAAAAUAAAAUGAUUCAGUGUUUCUCUUCUAUAUUGUCAAUGAAAUUCUUCAGUUCUAAUAAUCCAUGUUUAGUUUGUAGGGAAAGAAAAAAUAAUUUUUCCUUCUACCCACUUUAGGUUCCUUGGCUGGGGCCCCUAUAACAAAAGACAGAUUAACAAGAGAAAAACAAGCAUAAGUUUAUUAGCAGGUAUAUAUAAUAUAUAUGUGGGAAAUACAGGUGGAAAUACAGGGGAAUGAGCAAAUCUCAAAGAGCUGGCGUCUUAGAACUCCCUGGCUUAUAUAGCAUCGACAAAGAACAGUAAAUUUUUAGAGAAACAACAAAACAAAGAAAAAGAGCUUUGAGUCUGUAGGGGCAGCAAUUUGGGGGAAGCAAAUAUAUGGGAGUUUGCCUUGUAGAUUCCUCUGGUGCUGGUCUCCAGGCUGACAAGGAUUCAAAGUUGUCUCUGAAACUCCUCUUUGUCAUACUGCACAUAUAAAACGUCUUUUGUUUCCAACAAGAGGAUUUUCUUUUUCAUUCUAGAAUUAUCUCCUUGAUAACUUGAUCAGAUGUAGGACAUGACACUGAAUAGAGUCCAACGGUACAAAAAAAUUCAGUAUGUUCUAGCUACUUCACACAUGUGUAUGCGACAGUUAUUUUUACAGUAAGGUAUUUUCGAGGAAAAUGUAUUACGUGUUUUGGAAAAUAGAGUAAUUUUAAAAAUAUAUUUGAAAUGAAAAUCUCCAACACAUUAGAAGAUGAUGAUGUUAGAUGCCCAUUGUGUGCCACAAGUGGUUUUUUCAUUAUGUAAAGCACCCGUUGAAUUAAAAGAAUUUGUUUUUGUUCAACCUCUUACUGAGGCCCAAGAGCACAUGGGCAAUUUGGAUUUCCUGCUGGACCACAGAGUUCUGUUAAUAUUACAUAGAACGGGUAUUCCAGACACUUCUUAUGAUGGAAGUCUAAAAGUGGCAUCCAAUUUAAGGCCCCAUCUUUCAUUGCCAUUCUUCAUUCCUACAAAGGACGAACUUGGAUUACAUCAACUUUGGACCCAUUAGUUUUGUCGCUGUCAUCAACUGACAGUGACUCAUCACUGGUGAUGAUAAAAAUGAUGGAAGAAGAGUUGAAAGUCACUUUUUUCUUUGGCCUGUCCCCAUCUUUCUGUGACAUCACAAUGGGUCUGAUCUGCAUUUCACUUCCAGCUGCUGGUAGGUCUUUAGCAGGCCGCUGGCACCUCAGCAGUCGGAGGCACAGGAGCUGCAAAAGGGAUCUUCGAAACUGGGCAGAGAAAAAAUAAAGUGGAAUAUUAAGUAAAAGCUGGGCACUAAUAUGAAUUAACAUUCAAGGAAAUCAGUUGAGCUGAAUUUAAGUUGUUUUUUGUUUGUUAGCAGGUAUGGAUGUAGGGUUAUGUGGUCAUGCUCAGAUCUACCUAAAUCACCUCAGAGCUUUAUGUCUUUUAUUCAUUCUAAUUCUUAUUAACCAGAACAUGUAGGACCAUUUCAAUACCUUGUAAUCCUCCAAGCUUCAAUCUGCACACACUUUCUGUGAGGGCAGUUACAACUAUUAAGAGAUUUUGAACAUUAAGUCAGUCCACAAAUAUUCAGUGGGCAUCUACUAGGUGACAGCCACUGUGCUAUAAUUAGAGAUUUUUUACUGUAAGCAUCAAAAACAGACAAGGCUCUUCCUGGCAGAGUUUACAGCCUGGUGUACUUGCUAAUGUCUCUUUAAUUAGGUGAAGAAUUUUUUUUCUAUCGAAAUUACUAAUGAGUUAGGGAAAAAAUACUAUAGCAGACAGCACUAAUGUCAUCAACAAACAUUAUUCUUCUCUGUGUCCUGGGUACAACAUCGAAUAAUAUUUCUUGGCCUCCUUUCGGCUUCUCCUCUCUGCUAUUCCUCUCUACAAGAACCUGGGAGGCCAACGCCUAAAGAUUAUAAUAUCACACAAUGGAAAGAACCUAGAUUCCUAAAUGACUGCAUAGGACAGAUCCCAUCUCCUCCACCCAAUACAUUAAUAGACUGAACUGUGACCUGAAUGAGCAAUAAACUCCGUAUUAAUUCACUGAAAUGCUGGGGUUGCUUGUUAUAGUAGUCGGUCCAUCAUGACCAGUAAAACAUAAAUCAAAAGUUAAUGUAAUUGUUAUCCCAUUAUUUAGAGCGAAAUAAAUGUUGAAUAUAUGGACUUUCUCAGAUCAGGAAAUACCAAUUAAAAAUAUAAUAAAUAGCUACAUUGAUUUCUGUCUUUUUUGUUUUUUGUUUUGGUUU